AUGGUAUCCUCCAAUACUUAUCAGGCUAUCCAGAAUUGGAUCAGCCGACAGCAAGAAUACGAGGCUACGAACUCCUCUCCUGCGCCUAUAACAGAUACUCAACGAAAACUAUUAGACAAACUUGAGCUUGCCUUACCUCCAGAGGCCCCGAUUCAACCUGAACCUCAACUAGAAAAUACCAACUGGAUUGGGUAUUUGCAAGAAUAUCGAGCUAGGCGUACGAAAGGAACUGGGGGGAUUGACUUUGUAGAGGCGCCCGGCCCCUUUGCACAAGGAGUGCAAAGAUGGUACUACCGGGUGAAGAUCCAGGAGAGCCCAACUCCCUUCCCUGGUCCUAAUGGUGGUUUAUUUCCAGAUGGAACGGAGCCCUCCUUCGUACGCAAGAAGGACGCCAAGAAGUAUGCUGCCAAGUGUGCAGUAGAAUGGCUGCGUAAAAACGGAUACAUGCAAACAACACAACAAUCUCCGCCGGCGAAGAGACAAAAAGUCUCGCUGCCCCCGCCGAAGCAAGCGCCGGGUGUAGAUGUGACAGCAACCCAGACUCAGCCCAAGGGGAUCGCAUCACCCUACAACAACGACGAGGUCUCAGCAGUAGACAAAGUCCGCCAGCUUUGCGUGACCCUCGGUUAUCCGGAUGUGCAGUAUAAAAUAUCGCCCUGUAAUACUGAAGGGUUCUAUGACGGCUUUCCUGACCUAGGAAUGCUGGGUUUAAAAAUUUUACCAAAGGAUAUCGGUCAUGUGAAGAAUAUUUUCGGAAAGAAAUGUGCCAAAGAGAUGAUCGCGGAGCAGUUGCUGACGCCUCUGACCGAGAUAGCCGCGCCUCAUAUUGAGAAGAGAGAACGGAUUCUGGCGGGCUUAGGGCCUGUCAAGGAAAAGAAACUCCCUGCUCCAGCUGAUUCUUAG